AUGACCCUCACUGUCAAAGACAUUACACCUCUCGAAGCUUAUCAACGCAUUGAAGAAUUGGGUCUAUACUCUUGUCACCGAGUGCAAAUCAUCGACGUGCGAGAACGCCAUGAGAUUGAGACCUUUGGCAAGAUCGAAGCCAGCUACAACGUCCCCUUCAGCGUUUACGAAAGCAACCGCGACAUGUUUACAGCAGCAUUGAUUGAUCUUGUCGAUAAAGAAGCAACAGUGAUCAUCUAUUGUCGAUCUGGAAGACGAAGUGGGAUUGUGAGCAAAUACGCUGCCGAGGAACUAGGAUUCAACGACGUCUACAAUGUUGUUGGUGGUCUCAAUCAAUGGACGGAUGAUCGUCUCCCAAUCAAAACAUAUGCAAACGAUCACUCGCCCUGGGUUCACACCAUCUUUGAGCAUGAGACGGCAACAGCACAAUACAUUGUUACCGAUAUCGUGAGCAAGGAAACCUAUAUCAUUGACCCUGUAUUGGAUUAUGAUCCCCUGGAUGCCGUUGUUCAACCUCGCACAGCCAAGCUGAUCCUUGAACAUGUCAACCGUUUUGGCCUCAACGUCACCAAAAUCAUUGACACACAUGUGCAUGCUGACCAUUUAACGGCUGCGAUAUACCUGAAAGAACAAUUACCCUCCAAUCCCGAGUUUUGUAUUGGCAGCAACGUGGUCGAGGUCCAAAAGACUUUUCUUGAGCGAUACAAUCUUCCACCCACUGCAUUUACAAUGGAGCAUUUUGAUCGACUUGUCAAAGAAGAUGAUACUUGGACCCUUGGUGACAUGAUCCAUUGCAGCGUCAUUGCUACUCCUGGUCACACACCUGCUUGCAUGUCCUAUCGUAUCGGUGAUGCAGCCUUUGUUGGCGAUACGUUGUUUAUGCCUGAUAUUGGUACUGCUCGUUGUGAUUUUCCUGGUGGUAGUGCCGAGCAAAUGUAUACCAGCAUCCACAAAAUGUACAAGUUAUGGCCGAACGGUACCCGCAUUUAUGUUGGGCAUGAUUAUCCUCCUGCUACUAGCUUGAGAACGCAUAUGGUGAUGACCCUCCUUGGUGUACACAAGAAGCUCAACAAGAUGAUCGAUGAAGAAAAGAGCAUGGAUGAAUACGUCAAGCUUAGAAGUGAACGAGAUGCCACAUUACGAGUGCCAAGAUUCAUUCAUCCAUCCCUUCAGGUCAAUCUUCGUGGUGGGCUAUUACCCCAAGACGAGCCAUCGGUGCAUGGAAAAGCUACUCCUCAAACAUUCAUCAAGGUGCCUAUUCGCUUUCGAACCUAG